AUGUGUGAGACAUCCAGCCACACGAGUCCGAUCGCAGUCUCGCAGCCGUCAACGUACUCGUGCUGCCCCAUCUCGCCCAUGUCCGUCAACACCUCGUCCUUUGGGCGGUAUCUCAGCAUGGACUCGUCAUCCAUCGACCUCGUUCAGGCCGCGCCUGUGGUAGUACGGGCCCAACACCUCAACUACUAUGUCACCAUAGCCCUGGUGUUCCUAGGCGUGUGGGUGAAGAACGUGCCCUUCUACAAGGCGUCUAUAUUAAAGUGGUACUUUGACGCCGAGACUCUGAUUCGGGACUCCUACCUCAAGUUUCAUGAUCAGGUCUACCAGAUCAAGGCGACGGAGGGUCUCCAAGUCUUGAUACCAACAAAUUUCAUCAACGAGUUGAGAGCCCUGCCUGAGGACGUCCUCAGUGCGAGAGAGGCUCUCAGCGAGGCGUUGAUGAGCAAGUACACCAAAUUCUGUCCUGAGCGACACCAGGAUAUCCUGCCGACUUUGAUCCGAACAAAGCUGACGCAAAAUCUGGCUCGGCUGAUACCCCAGCUGAAGGAGGAAGUCGAGUUUAUGACGGCCACCGAAUUUCCCGAGUGCAAGGACUGGACACCUGUCAAAUUUCAGCCUUUUGCCCUGCGGUGCGUGGCACGCACAAGCGGGCGCGCCUUCGUAGGCCCCUCCAUCUGCCGCCAAGAAGCUUGGAUGGACACAUCAGUCAACUUUGCCAUCCACAUCUUCCUCGCACUCGUGAAGCUGCAGUUCUUCCCUGAGUGGCUGCGGCCCAUCGGGCAGUACCUGGUGUCAGACCUGGGCAAGAUCAAGCAGGACACGGAAAAGGCGAAGAAGAUGCUGGUGCCCAUCAUUCAAGAGCGGCUGCGCGAUAUGCAGUGCCCCGGGUACGAGAAAGAGGACGACUUCAUCCAGUGGCUGCUUGACGCGCUGCCCGAGGAAGAGAGGACAGACUACCACACGCAGGCGGAACUGCAGCUCCUCCUCAGCGCGGCCAGUAUCCACACCACCAACAACCUGCUCGUGGACUGCAUGUACGAUCUGGCCGCGAACCCCGAGGACGCAGAGGAGCUGAGGCAGGAGGCGAUCGCCGUUCUGGAGGGCGGGGAUCCCAGCAGCGGCUGGGCGAGGAAGGACUCCAUGACCAAGCUCAAGAAGCUCGACAGCUUCAUGAAGGAGGUCCAGCGGCUGUCGGGCAACGUGACGUCCUUCAUCCGCAAGGUGCGACAGCCCAUCACCCUCUCGGACGGGACAUACCUACCCGCCGGCACGAAACUGCUCGCCCCGCUCAGCGGCUUCUCGCAUGACGAACGGUACUACCCGGAGCCCGAGAAAUUCGACCCGCUGCGGUUCUUCCGGAUGCGCCAGCGGACCGAGGACGACGUGAACCGGUACCAGUUCACCAGCAUCAGCGACAAUAUGAAUUUUGGCGCUGGCAAGGCCGCAUGCCCCGGGCGGUUCUUCGCUGGCAACGAGAUCAAAAUGAUCCUGGCCUACUUCCUCAUCAACUUCGACGUGCGGCUCAAGGAAGGGCAGGCGAGGCCUAAGUCGAUGGUCUUGAUGAUGACCAAAUCGCCCGACCCCAACGCGGAGCUCUUGUUCAGACGGAGGACCUUGGAAAAGUAA